AUGUCUGGUGAUACCUUCCUCGCUCGCCUUUGCGAGCAGGCCGAGCGCUACGAUGAGAUGGUUGGCUACAUGAAGGAGGUCGCCAAGCUGGGCGGUGAGCUGAGCGUCGAUGAGCGCAACCUCCUUAGCGUUGCCUACAAGAACGUCGUCGGUACCCGCCGUGCCUCCUGGCGCAUCAUCUCCUCCAUUGAGCAGAAGGAGGAGAGCAAGGGCACCGACAAGCACGUCGGCACCAUCCGCGAGUACCGCACCAAGAUCGAGCUCGAGCUCGAGCAGGUCUGCCAGGAUGUCCUCGACGUCCUCGACGACAGCCUUAUCCCCAACGCCCAGACCGGCGAGUCCAAGGUCUUCUACCACAAAAUGAAGGGUGACUACCACCGCUACCUCGCUGAGUUCGCCUCCGGCGAGAAGCGCAAGGGUGCCGCCACUGCUGCCCACGAUGCCUACAAGAGCGCUACCGAUGUCGCUCAGACCGAGCUGACCCCCACUCACCCCAUCCGCCUUGGCCUGGCCCUCAACUUCUCCGUCUUCUACUACGAGAUCCUGAACUCGCCCGACCGUGCUUGCCACCUCGCCAAGCAGGCCUUCGACGAUGCUAUCGCCGAGCUCGACUCUCUCUCCGAGGAGUCUUACCGCGACAGCACCCUCAUCAUGCAGCUCCUGCGUGACAACCUCACUCUCUGGACCUCUUCCGACAGCGGCGAUGCUGAGGGUGCUGCUGCCGGCACCACCGAGGCUGCUGAGGAGAAGAAGGAGGAGCCCAAGGCCGAGGAGCCCAAGGCCACCGAGGAGACCCCCGCUGCCUCCUAA